CAGGACCCUGCAUUCCCUAUAUCUGGUUUCCCCGGGCCCUGCAUUCCCUAUAUCUGGUCUGCCUGGACUCUGCAUUCACUAUAUCUGGUCUCCUCGGACCCUGCAUUCACUAUAUCUGGUCUCCCCAUACCCUGUGUCAGGAAUGGACUGGCCAGCACUCUGGUCACACCCUGGAGCCCUGACACCCUGCAUUCACUAUACCUGGUCUCCCCGGACCCUGCAUUCACUAUAUCUGGUCUCCCUGGACCCUGCAUUCACUAUAUCUGGUCUCCCUGGACCCUGCAUUCACUAUAUCUGGUCUCGCCGGACCCUGAAUUCACUACAUCUGCUCUCCCUGGACCCUGCAUGCACUAUAUCUGGUCUCCUCGAACACUGCAUUCCCCAUUUUCUCUAGGAGGAUGCAUAACCCCUAACAGUGUUAAUUGGCCCUGUCCUGAUCACAUGCACCCUACCAAG